GCUAUGCAAAGAAACGGUUGGAAGAGAAGAGGAGAUAUGUUCACAGAAUAUGGGGUCUCCAUCCGCUGUGUUAGAAAGGAUCAAUCUGGUACAAUGAUUGUUCUGCACUACCUUUCCGAUGGAACUGUGAAACUUAUGUUUUCUUACAAAAGGGUUUUGUAUUUUGUACCUUUGAUGUUAAUACUGAAAGCUUUGGUAAAUGAAUCUGAUUAUGAUAUUUAUAAUCAACUUAUUAAAGGAAAAGAAGAAGAUACAUUCUACAGAGGGUGCAUUGCUAAAAUGUUACGCCAGAUGAGUUGUGCAGAAGGUAUUGUGUUUCGAGACCAAGCUUUGAAUUUUUUGGGAGAAAAAUUCAGUGUUAAAUUUGGUCUUCCAUCUUGGUAUUCAUCAAUAGAUGUAGCCAAAUAUUUGCUGGAGCAGUGUAUUUGCAUUCAUCUUGAAACACCGAGAGAGAAGUUUGAUUUGCUAGUCUUUAUGGUAAAAAAGCUAUUUGCUGUUGUAAAAAAUGAAUGUGCUCUUGAAUCUCCUGAUAAUCCUAUGAACCAGGAAGUUCUACUUCCUGGACAUCUUUACUUGCUAGUUUUAAAAGAGAAACUGUAUGCCUGGCAGUUGUCAUUAAGAUUUACAUUAGAGCGUAAAAUGAAAGCUGCAAAAACCAUGACGAUUACACAAAGUAUUUUCAGAGAUUGUCUUGCUAAAACUACAGAUGUGACAAGGGCGGUUGAAAAUGUAUUUUCUACUGGAAACUUCCUACCUCGUUAUGAGAACGGUUUGACACAAUUUUCAGGUUUAGCAAUAGUAGGAGAUAAAUUAAAUUUUUGGCGUUACUUGUCUCAUUUUCGUGCUGUUCACAGAGGUGCAUUUUUUGCUGAAAUGCGUACAACUACUGUAAGAAAGUUACUGCCUGAAGCCUGGGGAUUCCUGUGUCCUGUUCAUACACCUGAUGGUUCUCCGUGUGGGUUGUUAAAUCACAUGUGUUCAACAGCACAGGUUGUCAACAUUCAGCCUGAUACAAGCCAAUUAUAUAACUUAUUCUGCAAAUAUGGCAUGUUAACUUAUGAUGAUCCAUCUGCAUGUGGAUAUGUUGUUAUUCUUGAUGGUAAGGUUAUUGGCUGGGUGUAUGAAAAGAAAGCUUUUUCUUUUGUUAAAACUUUGAGGAACCUCAAGUCACUUGGAUUAGAGAGUGUCCCGAAGACAUUGGAGAUUUGUCUUGUACCUCAAACUGAACAUUCUUCUCAGUAUCCUGGCAUCUUUGCUUUUACAACUCCUGCUCGUAUGAUACGACCUGUUCUGAAUCUUGAAACUGGAGUUACUGAGUUUAUUGGUUCUAUGGAACAAGUAUAUUUGCAUGUUGCCCUAGAUUCCAGUGGAAUCGUCGAUGGAGUUACAUUGCAUCAAGAACUUGAUAAACAUGGUUUUUUGAGUGUACUUGCUAAUCAGAUUCCAUACUCAGAUUUUAACCAAAGCCCCAGGAAUAUGUAUGAAUGUCAGAUGGGCAAACAGACUAUGGGCACUCCUUGUCAUGCUUUACGGUAUAGAUCUGAUAACAAAUUGUACCAAAUACUAAUUCCUCAAGCGCCAAUUGUAAGACCAACUAUGCAUGAUUACUAUCAUAUGGAUGACUAUCCCAUGGGUACAAAUGCAGUUGUUGCUGUUAUUUCCUACUCUGGAUUUGAUAUGGAAGAUGCUAUUGUGUUAAAUAAAUCAUCAGUAGAAAGAGGAUUCAAGCAUGGCUGCAUUUUCAAGACAGAAAUAAUCAAUUUGAGAGUUAUUGCUGGAGAUCGAGGAUUGCAGAAAACUCUUGUGUUUGGGCGGAAAAAAGAAGACAAAGAAAAGUAUCCUUUCAUUGAUGAAGACGGUUUGCCCUAUGUUGGAACUAGACUUGGCCGUGGUGAUCCAAUCUGUUGUUACAUUGAUGCCUCUUCUGGUAAUUCAAUUACUGUCAAGUAUAAAUCUCUGGAAAUGGCUUAUAUUCAUGAUGUUAGACUUCUGGGAAAUGAUACUGGCACAGAAACAAAUCAGCAGAUAUCAAUAACUUACCGAAUUCCUAGAAAUCCCAUUAUUGGUGACAAGUUUGCCAGCAGGCACGGGCAGAAAGGUAUCUGUAGCAUUAUGCUGCCUCGGGAAGAUAUGCCAUUUACUGAGGGUGGAAUGACACCAGAUAUUCUCUUUAACCCGCAUGGCUUCCCUUCCCGUAUGACCAUAGGUAUGAUGAUUGAAAGCAUGGCAGGUAAAGCAGCAGCUAUGAAAGGUACCCUUUAUGAUGCAUCACCAUUUACGUUUUCAGAGAGUAAAUCAGCAGUAAAUUAUUUUGGAGAAUGCCUAAAAGACGCUGGUUUUGAUUAUUAUGGCACAGAAAGAAUGUAUAGUGGUGUCAGUGGAGAAGAAUUAGAAGCGGACAUUUUUUUUGGUGUUGUGUAUUACCAAAGGUUAAGACACAUGGUGGCUGACAAAUAUCAGGUAAGGACAACAGGUCCUGUGGACUCACUGACAAGGCAACCUGUUAAAGGUCGCAAAAGAGAAGGUGGAGUACGCUUCGGUGAAAUGGAGCGAGACUCCUUGAUUGCUCAUGGCACUGAUCUCUUAAUCCAUGACCGCCUUUUUAACUGUUCUGAUGGCUGCCAGCAAUAUGUGUGUUCUAAGUGCAAAAAUCUUCUUUCUCCAUUGGCUGAAAAGAAGAAUCAAUUGCCUAGCAAUAAUAUAGAACUUUUCCCUAAUGAAUGGAAGUGUAAAGUAUGCAACUCUGGUGAAUACAUAACAACUAUUGAUAUCCCUUAUGUAUUUCGCUACUUGUGUGCAGAAUUAGCAGCAGUAAACUUUAAAGUAACAUUGAAGAUUGGAGAUUAUCAAUGAUAAAAAAAUUUGUGCAUUGAAAUUGUAUACUCUAUGAGUGUAUCAGCAAAAUUUGUUCAAAAACUUUGUAAUAUUUUGUAACAUAAAAGUAUUUAAAAAAGAAAUUUGAUUUUUGUGUUCAAAAUUAAUUGUAUUAACAUUGUAAAGAGUAUGAGUCACGUUUCAUUCAUUAAUAUAUUUUUUUAUAUCAAUGUAGUGAUAAAGUAUAUUCCUUUGAUUGUAACUUCAUUACAUUUUACCUGGACACAUUUCUAAACCGACUUUAUUUAUUGUUAUAGAUGUAAGAUUAAAAAAGCAAAAAAUAUCCAAAGAUUAUUUCUACAAACUUGAUUUACAUUAAAUAUUCAUGACUUCUUGAUUACAACACUCAAAAACGGCAAUUGAUAUCAAUAUCAGUCAAGAAAUCUUGUACUUGUUUUAUUUUAGUGUUAUGCAUUUUUAAAAAUGCUUUUAAACUGAUGAUUGGUCAAGCUUCAAAGACCUGUAUUAUUUAUAACAU